AAAGCCUCAAACUUUAAACCCUACCUAAACCCAAUUAUGUAUUGUACACUACACUUCAUUUUAACUAAACAGAGAACAGAACAGAACAGAACAGACCUUACAUCAGUGUUCUGAGGGUUCCACUGAAACUGUCAUUGAUGUUGAAUCGAUUUGAGUUCGAAUUAGAACAUGCAAUCCAAUUGUCGUCUAUUCGAAACGCUAAUUCGGAACCCAAUUUGGAGCCGAUCGUACUAUACGAAUCGGCAGAAUAAGGUCACACUCUAUUCGAAGAUCAGUCCGCUCGGAAACCCUAGCUUGAGUGUGGUGCCAGAGCUUGACGACUGGGUAGGAAAGGGCAAGAAGGUGCGAUUCGCCGAGCUCCAGCGCAUCAUUCACGAUCUCCGCAAGCGCAAGCGCUUCUCUCAUGCCCUCCAGGUUUCCGAGUGGAUGAAUAAUAAACGAAUCUGCACAUUUUCACCAACUGAACAUGCUGUGCAGUUGGAUCUGAUUGGUAGGGUCCAUGGAUUUCUUUCUGCAGAAAGCUAUUUCAAUAACUUGAGGGACCAAGAUAAAACAGAUAAGACAUAUGGUGCUCUGCUGAAUUGCUAUGUACGACAGCACCAAACUGAUAAGUCCUUGUCCCAUUUACAGAAAAUGAAGGAACUAGGUUUUGCUUCAUCGCCUCUCACUUACAAUAACAUCAUGUGCCUUUACGCAAAUGUUGGUCAGUAUGAGAAGGUACCUGAUGUUCUAACUGAGAUGAAGAAUAACAACAUUUCCCCCGACAACUUCAGCUACAGAAUCUGCAUUAAUUCUUACGGAGUAAAAUCAAAUAUUGAGGGAAUGGAAACAAUCUUGAAUGAAAUGGAGAGCCAACCCUACAUUGUCAUGGACUGGAACACAUAUGCGGUUGUGGCAAAUUUCUACAUUAAGGCUGGCCUAAGAGAUAAGGCGAAUGAUGCCCUAAAGAAAUCAGAGGGGAGGCUCGAUGAUAAAGAUGGUCUUGGCUAUAAUCAUUUGAUUUCUCUCUAUGCCAGUCUCGGGAAUACGACUGAGGUGCUGAGAUUAUGGGGUCUUGAGAAGAAUGCUUGUAAGAGGUGCAUCAACAGGGAUUAUAUUACUGUACUGGAAUCUCUGGUGAGACUUGGCGAGGUCAAAGAAGCUGAGAAAUUACUGGAGGAGUGGGAGUCAUCUGGCAACUGCUACGAUUUUCGAGUGCCAAACACCGUAGUUGUUGGGUAUAUCGAGAAGGGAUUGUUUGAGAAAGCCGAGGCAAUGCUUCUAGACUUGAUGGAUAAAGGAAAGGCGUCGACUCCAAAUAGUUGGGGCAGAGUGGCAGCCGGGUUCCUAGAUAAGGGCGAGAUGCAGAAGGCUGUAGUGUGCAUGAAGGCAGCUCUCUCAUUAUAUGAAGAUGGUAAAGGUUGGAAUCCUAAUCCUAAGGUUAUUACAGGCAUAUUGAGUUUGCUGGGUGCGAAAGCCAGCACUGAAGAUGUAGAAGACUUGGUAGGUUCAGUAAGGACUGUGAUUCCAUUAAGCAGACAGAUGUAUCAUGCCUUGCUCAAGGCAUAUAUCAAAGGUGGUAAAGAAGUGGAUGGACUCUUGGCCAACAUGAAAGCUGAUAAAAUAGAUGAAGAUGAAGAAACAAAGAAAAUCCUGGUGGGAGUCUAGAGAUCCAAAGAAACAUAGAAAAUCCUUAACAUGAAGCUGGUAGGUUUAUAAAGCUGAUGGGUUUAUGUGAGUGAAAUCUAACCAGACCGAACUUCAAGUUCUGAAACAAAAGUUGUCCGCUGGUCUUGUAGAUUUUUUUAUUUUUCUUAAAUAUAUAUAUAUAUAUAUAUAUAUAUAUAUAAAAUUCUGUUAUAAACAAUUCAGUUAAUCUGGUUAUGUGGUUGGUACGUAAUAUUAAAAUA